AUGUCGUACGGUGACCCCUACCCCGGCGACCGCAUGGCGGCACUCGGCGCCAACCUCCGCGAUGUCAACUGGAACGAGGUGCAGGUGGUGGCAUCGCAGUGGAACUACUACAAGCCGCAGCAGCAGCGCAGCGACGCGGAGGUGGCGCAGUGGCUUCGCGCGAACCGCAUCACCAUCUACGGCGAUCGGGUGCCGCAGCCGAUGUUGGUCUUCUCCGACCUCGUGGCGCCCGACUCCAUCCACCAGGUCUUCAUCGAACUCGGCUACAAGGCACCCACGGCGAUCCAGUCCAUCGCGUGGCCCAUUCUGCUGAACUCCCGCGACCUUGUUGGCAUCGCCAAGACGGGCUCCGGCAAGACGAUGGCGUUCAUGGUGCCAGCCGCACUGCACAUCAUGGCACAACCGCCUGUUCGCCCCGGCGAUGGUCCCAUCGCGUUGGUUCUCGCCCCGACCCGCGAACUCGCCGUGCAGAUUGAGGAGGAGACGCGGAAGGUGCUGCGACGCAUUCCCAGCAUCACGACAACGUGCCUGUACGGCGGAGCACCAAAAGGCCCGCAGAUUCGCGUGCUGCGCGCCGGCGUGCAUGUCGCCAUUGCCACUCCAGGGCGUCUCAUUGACCUGCUGGAGAUGCGCGCCACGAAUCUGCUGCGCGUGACAUAUCUGGUGUUAGACGAGGCGGACCGCAUGCUGGACAUGGGGUUUGAGAUUCAGAUUCGCAAGAUUUGCUCGCAGAUCCGCUCGGACCGACAAACCCUCAUGUUCUCUGCAACAUGGCCGCAGGAAAUUCGCAACUUGGCAGCGAGUUUCCAACGGGACUUCAUCCGCGUCCACGUUGGCUCCGAGGACCUUGUCGCCAACAACGACGUCUGCCAGCACGUGAUGGUGGUGGAGGAGUACGACAAGCAGAGACGACUAGAGGAAAUCCUGCAAAAACUCGGCCGCCAACGUGUGCUUAUCUUUGUCAAGACGAAGCGUACAGCCGACUCUCUGCAUGGGUCGCUGCGACGGAUCCUCGGCGGCGCCGUGAUGGCGAUUCACGGCGACAAGGAACAGUCGCAGCGUGACUACGUACUGGAUCGUUUCCGCCGCGACGACCGCUCCGUCCUUGUCGCGACGGACGUCGCCGCACGUGGGCUGGACAUUAAGGACCUGGACGUGGUCAUCAACUUCGACAUGCCGUCCAACAUUGAGGAUUACGUGCAUCGUAUUGGUAUGUGA